GCGAUAUGACAACACUGCGUAUUAAAUGUCAUUAAGAAACGUCGGACAUGUUUGUUUGUUAAUGACAUUCAGUCCAUACACCAUUCGUUGUUCAGACACGCUCGAAGGAGCUUCUCGAAAUUCAAAUCGUUUCCCCGUGUAAACUCAAUUUAUUUUUCUUCUAAAAUAUGGAUGAAGGUGACUACGAUAAUGACGAAGUUGGAGGAGGAGAAGAUUUCGACGACGAUGCCGAUGAUGAUAACAUAGACGAUCAAGAUGAGGACGUUGCAUUCGAAAUAAUUUCGGCUGGUCAAUCAGGAGGCAGUGUGGCUAAAAACAAAAGAAUCACCACAAAAUAUAUGACGAAAUAUGAACGAGCUAGAGUACUUGGUACACGGGCAUUACAGAUUGCAAUGUGCGCUCCAAUUAUGGUUGAAUUGGAUGGCGAAACAGACCCCCUACAGAUUGCCAUGAAAGAGUUGAAACAGCGCAAAAUUCCGAUCAUAAUUCGACGAUACUUACCAGACCAUUCGUACGAAGACUGGAAUAUCGAUGAACUUAUUAUUAUUGAUACGUAGAAAUGAUGACAAACCACUUGAAUUAAAUAAAUCCUUUAUAAUUACA